AUGAGCGUGAGCCUCAGCGUCAAGAACACUUUCGUGCACGCCAGCCUCGACGGUGCAGCCUCCGCGGGCCUGCGCCGCUCCAGCUCCCAGCUCGGCACGUGGGCCGACGUCGACGCGGUCCUCGACGAGGGAGAGCCUCCGCCCGGUCCGCCUCUGGUGGAGCUCGGCGGCCUGCGCUUCCCCGGCGGGGCCCGCGAGGUCUUCCGGGCCCCCCCGCUGCCCGCGAAGAGUGCGCGCACGCCCCUGAGCAGCAAGGCCUCGGCGUUCAGCCCCACCGCCGGCGGCCCUGCCCAGCACAUGCCGCUCCGCCCGGCGAAGCCCGCGCCCGCCCAGGCCGUGGAAUCCUGGGACGGGUGGGCGCUCGCCGCCCCGAGCCAGGCACUCGCCCCUGCGGUAACCACAGCGAUGCUGCGCAACCUCCCGUGUGGCCUCACACGCGACGACCUGCUCCAGAUUCUGGACCGCGAGGGGUUCGCGGGGCUAUCUGACGGGCUGCGCCUCCUGCCGCUGGCCACGCUGGGACUUGCCGCGCCCGGGGGGGCUGGUGGAUACGAUUUCGUAUACGUUCCGAUGGACUUCAAGAGAAGGCUGUGCAAGGGUUAUUCCUUUGUGAACAUGGUUGCGGCGGAGCAUCUCCAGCGGUUGGUCGAGGUCUUCGACGGCUACAGCCGGUGGUCGCACUCUUCCAUGAAGGUCUGCCAGGCGAGCCUGUCGCACACGCAGGGCUUGACGGCGAACGUCGAGCGCUAUCGGGACAGCCCUGUGAUGGAUGAUGCAGUCCCGGACAUCUUCAAGCCAGCGCUCUUCGUGGGCAAGCGUCAGGUGCGCGAGCUCGGCGGCCUCGCCGAGGCCCGGGCCGCCGAGAUCCAGGAGCUUCAAGGAAAGCUUUGGUGUGUACCCGUUGCCUCUGCCGAGUUGGACUCCCUUGUGGAGAAGGCCGCCGCAUUGACCCAUCGAUCUCGCGAAGGAGCCGCUCGUGUCGCCGAGCUGCGCGCCGAGAGAGCAGUGCUCACGGGGGUGCUGGACGCAGACCUCGCACGCGCGAAGGAGCUCCGAGAGGAGCGCCAGGCGCUGCUGGACAGGAUCGGCGGCUCCGAGCGCAGCGAGAGGCAAGCGCUGCACUCGAAGGAGGCGGCGGAGCUGGAGGCGGACGCCGAGAAGCGGCGGAGCCAGGAGGAGCUCGCAGCCCUCGACGACUCGCUCGAGAAGGCCCGCGCGCAGGCCGACGGCGCCGAGCGCCGAUGGUCCCGAGCCGAGGCCGCCAUCAUGGAGUUGGAGAGCCAGCAGAUCGAGGCCGGCGGCCACGCCGCGGAGGGGCCGCGGGCGGCGGGGCUGCCCUCGGGCUGCCGGGCGCGGAGCGAGCAGAGCCCGGAGGAGUGCUACUCCGACUCCACAGGUGAGACACGCUGUGCCGCACUCGAUGCAGAGAUUGCCGAGGCGAGGGCGCACGCCGCGGAGCUCCGCGGGGCGAAGACCGUGCUCGCAGCCCGGCUCGGCGCCAGCCGCCGCCGCGCGGAGGAGACACGGAGCAGAAGGCGCUUCACGUCGCUCGCGAGCUCGUGGACUCCUCGCAGGCGAUCGCCUGGCUGCGCGCGGAAGCGGCCGCGCAGCGGGGCCUGCGCCAGGCGCCCGUCGCGCGGGCUGUCUCCCCCCCCUCUGGGGGCAGCGGUCGGAGGCUUUCGCACCAGCCAGCCACAACACCCUCGACAGCACCGACGGCGGCUGGGAGUCGACAUUCAUGGCGGCAGAAGCGAGCUUCGCAGCCAGGCUCUCAGAGGAUGCCGGCAGCAUGCAGCUCCCGACGGUGAACGGCGCUCUGAAGGCGGCUUGGGAGGCGGAGGCGCGGGACCAGCGCUCGGCGCAGAAGCGGCUGGCGGCCCUGCGGGAGACUGCAUGGGCCCCAUGCAGCAGCAGCUCGUGCGCCUGCGGGAGACCGCCCGGAACUGGCGCGAGGGGUUGCUGCGCCUCGGCCCCAGCGAGGCGCCACUGCCACCAGUGCCAGACGAGGCGGUCUGGAACGCCAUGCUGGCGCACGCCGUGGCGGCCGGAAGGGGCGAUCUAGAGUACCGGGGCGGCACGGCCGCCGCUGCCCAGGCGCUCUGCGAAUGCAUUGAGGCAUUGGUUGUGGAGACGUCACGUCAAUUGGCGGAUGCAGAUGCCUCCGGCCAAGGCGCCGCCCUGGCCAGGCAGGAGCUCCUGCGGAGCGCGGAGGGGCGGGCGCUGCGGCAGGAGCUGGAGCAGCUGGAGCGACGCCCCCACCGGCGCGAGCCGAGCCCCGGCCCCGGAAGCACGCCGACGUCCUUCGGCGCGGACGCCCGCGGAGAGCCGCGGGCCGCGCGGGCCGGCGAGGUGCCGUCCACGCCCGGCCCACCGGCGAGGAGGCACGAGCAGAGUACUUGGCAGCCGUCGCCUAUACCCGUGAUCGCCACGAACGGCAGCGUCCACAGCAGGAGGAGUACAAUACAUUCUUCGCUGUCCUCGGUCAGCGCACCCUGC